AUGGCUACAAACGAACAAGAAAAUAUAUUAGCCAUCGAUCGUGCUAUCCUUCGCAAAUACGAGGUGAUCAAAAAGAUUGGCCAAGGCGCUUAUGGCGUUGUCUGGCGCGUUUUAAACAAACAAACACAACAAGUUGUUGCCUUGAAGAAAGUAUUUGGCGCAUUUCAAAAUGUCACAGAUGCAUUACGUACAUAUAGAGAAAUCACAUUCUUAAGACAGCUUCAAAAUCAUCCAGAUAUUGUUUCCUUAUUAGCAGUUCAUCGCGCAGAAAACGAUCUUGAUAUAUAUUUAGUAUUUGAAUGUUUAGAAACAGAUGUCAAUGCCGUAAUUCGAGCGAAAAUCCUUUUGGAUGUUCAUCACAGGUACAUUUUUUGGCAACUUUUAUGUGCGCUGAAAUACAUUCACAGUGCAGGAAUUAUUCACAGAGAUCUGAAACCUUCAAAUCUUUUGAUUAAUAGCGACGCUUCAAUAAAAUUAUGCGAUUUCGGUCUCGCGAGAUCAAUAGAUACAGACGAUAAUCCAACCGAAUUAACAGAUUACAUUGCAACUAGAUGGUACAGAGCCCCAGAAAUUCUUUUUGGAUCCUCUUCUUACUCAUUUGGAGUUGAUAUGUGGGCUGCUGGUUGUAUUCUGGCUGAACUAGUGAGUGGAAGGCCACUAUUCCCAGGAUCAUCAGCAAUGGACCAACUAGAAAGAAUUAUUAGCUAUACAGGACCUUUAUCACCUGCAGAAAUCGAAUCAAUGGAUUCUUCUUUUACACAAACAAUGCUUUCGAAUCUCUCAUACUCUAGACCUAGAUUCUCGCUCGAGGAGAAACUUGAAGGAGCUCCUCCAGACGCAAUAGAUUUAAUUAAGAAAUUAAUUAGUUUUGAUCCGAAAGAGAGACCAACGGCAGAAGAAUGCCUCGAACAUCCAUACGUUGCUCAAUUCCAUUCAGCUCAUAAAGAAAUUUCAGCUCCAGAAUACGUUAAAAUGGCUUUGAGUGAUUCUGAGAAACAUUCCAUUAGAGAUUAUAGAAAUGCUAUAUAUAGAGAAGCUGUUACUUCAACGGAAUUAAAGAGAACUGGUCCUCAAUUACAGAAAUUAUUAAAUUCCGGUAACUAA